AUUCACUUAACGACAGUCUUGCUUAGCAACAGAUUGUGGUCGUAACUUGAGGACUACCUGGAACUAGCUUUUCAGGGCAGCCACAAAACGUGGCUAGCUGGGAAGGGAGUGGAGGAGGGAAGCACAUGGGCAGGCAGCCCUCCAACAGGCAGAGUUCCUUCGCCUUCGUCUUUUUCUGUUUUUUUUCAGCAGCAGGUUCUAAAACCGAACACCUGCUCACCAAAUAGGUGUUUUUUAAUUAAACACUGGUCUCAUUUUGUUUGGCUGCUUGGGACUCAAAUUGAGUUCAUACGUUGAGGACUAUCUGUAUGGAGGUCACGUUUGUGGGAUCGUGAGAUUCUGGAAAAAAAAAUCAGAAUGGAGAAGAUUGACGGGUGACGGGUGGAAGAGGCCAUUCUGCUCCUCUUAGUCCUCUCCCUCCCUUUGCCCAGUAUCCCUUUGCACACUUCCAAUUUGUCUCUGGCCAAUCAGUUACGUUCCUCGGGCUUUUCAACAAAACGAGAUAAGAGCCGCUUAGACAAAUAGCAAAGUAUUUGUGGCUGUGAGUAACUCAGCAAAGGUGGGGUGGAUAGACACGCAGAGCUUAUAAAGUAUUGAUCUCUGGAGCGGAACGGAGAAAACCCUCCUGGACAGGUGAAGUGAGAAGAAAAGGAAAUGUAUCUAAGCUCUCACAAUCUCUGGAGGAGAACAUCUGGAUAGGGAGGGUGUGCAGGCAAACGCAGAUGGACCACCAUGGCCUCCAACUUCAUGUUCAUCACGUCCAUCCUGAUCUACGUCUCUUCCUUCGUUGGCAUGAUUGGCAACCUCAUCGUCCUCUAUGCCUUCCUGGCCCACGCCAUCCGCCACAAAGCCCUCCAACCUCUGGACCGCAUCAUUGUCAACAUGGGCCUGGUGAACUUCUUCCUCUGCUGCUAUAAAGCCAUUCCCGGGAUGCUGGUCUUCAGCAGCACCAGGGUCUUUGGGGAGGAGGGCUGCAGGAUCCUUCUCUACAGCUACCACACCCUCAGGCUGAUCAGCAUCUGGUCGGUAGAGAACCUGAGCUUCCUCCACCUCAUCAAGAUCCGAAGGCCCAACUGCCGAUGGACGACCUUCAUCCACAGGCAUCAGGCACGCUACGUCAACGGCACCAUCGUCGGGUGUUGGGUGGUCAGUGUCCUCAUGCAUAUCCCUUAUUUGCAGUACGAUAAGACCAGACUUCAACGAAAUAAGACAAUUGCCUUCUUGGCCAGUUCGACUUGCUUGAGAUCCACAGACAGCUUCUACAUUAAAUUUAGCACGUACGCCUCCAUCAGCCUGGACAUGGUCCUCAUCCUGCUGGUGGUCACCCUCAACGGCUUCAUCAUAGACCUUCUCUGGAAGCAUCACAGGAGGAUCAAAGCUUCGUCCUCCAUCGCAGGAAGUGGGUGGAAUAAACAUACGGCCCAGGCCACCAAAAUCCUGCUUUCCUUGCUGUCUAUUUACGUGGUUUGCUGGAUCUCGAACGACGUGGUCUGGCUCAUGAUCGUCUUGGGGUACCAAAGGAACGACUUGGAGAACAGCUUUUUGAGCGCCUUGUAUGGCAUAAUCUCCUCCAUAUAUUAUUCUGCUAGCUCGUACGUGGUGGUGUUUGGAUACAAAAAGGUGCGCGAAUAUCUCGCCGAAACUUGCUUGUUCUUGAGAUGUAGGAGGACCACAAGGGUUCGAGCUGUCUCCUUGGAGGGCCCGUUGCCCAGGUGACAGAGAAGUUCUCAUCGAUGAGGACAGCUCAAUACUGUCGAUCAUAAUUUUGGUCCUGGGUGGAGAAAGCUACAACUUAGAAGAAACUGGACGAGUUCUGAAGAUGGUGUAAACCUCAACAUUUCAACUUCUGGAACCAUGUUCCUGGUGGUUGCAUCUGGUGUCUACAUGGACGACAAAUGUCAGGAAGGAGAACGGUAGCCAGACAGACGUGGUUGGGAAGGAGGAACUGCAGCUUUGGGGUCUGCGUUCAGCUCUCGAAAAUUAUGGCACCUCAACUUCCAUUUGAAGAGAUAUCUCAGCUUGAAAAAGACAGGUUUCCAACCAGGUAGUUAAUACGAUGAUGGGUUUUAUAGAGGGAGAAAUGGAGGCCCUGACAAGGGAGGCAGGGGUUUUAAAAUGCCCACAUGGAGGCUUAUCUACACAUGCUCCAUGGCUUUUUUUAUCCACAGAAAAGGAGAAGGAAGGGGAAAGUAAGAACCAAUGGGGACUCCGAGAAACUGGGAGGGAGGGACAGAGGGAGGGGAUACUUCGAUGGUCAUAAGUGUGAAAAACGGUCAUGGCUAAAUGAAGUGUUGUAAGUCCAGGACUAACUGUAAUCUCCUCUUUAUUUUACAGUAGAUUUCUUUUAUUUGAAUUUUUUGCAAAGCUUUAAUGUUAUUCCGUGUGCUCCCGUAUAAUGAUCCGUACUCAAUUAAUCAAACAUUUCUGGAAAAAUCUCAGAAUGGAGAAGAUUGACGGGUGAUGGGUGGAAGAGGCCAUUCUGCU